AUGCAGUUCAGCAAGGCUCUUCUCAUCGUCGCCGCCGUUCUUGCGCCUUUCGCCCUCGCAGAGGAUGCGCCAACCAAGACCCUCACCAUCCAGGUCGUCCCUGUAACGACCUCAACUCCGGCACCGACUUCCACGGCGUCUCCCAGCUCUUCUGCUUUCUCAACCCACACUCCUUCUAGCUCCGCUAAAGCGUCUUCCACUCCGCUCUUUUCAAAGACGCCUUCCGCGACACCUUCUGGGACCCCCUCGUCGUAUAUCGUCCCCCAGGCUACUGGUGGUGCCCCUGCCAUUAAGCUCUCUAAUGCGAUGGUUGCGGGCGCUGUCGCUGCUGCUGGCUUCAUAGUGCUCUAA